CCAACGGCUUAUAAAGCGGGGUCAAGAGACCGGGGUUCAGCCAUAACACCAAGGGAUCCAGAGACCAACUUGGCAGCGUCCCAUCAUCGCUGGAGAAGAAGAACAUCUCCGACGCCACCGACCCCUGGCACGCACCCUGGCACCCUCCGCAAUGACCCCCAGCAAGCCCCUCCAUGUGAGCACGCCGCUGCGGGAGAGCACGGUCCUCUCCAAGCUGACCGGCACUAAGGUCUACUUGAAGCUCGACUGUGCUCAGCCGACGGGCUCCUUCAAGAUACGAGGCAUCGGACACUUCUGCAAAACGUGGGCAGAGCGAGGCUGCAAGCGUUUUGUCGCCUCCUCAGGAGGAAACGCAGGGCUCGCAGCUGCCUACUCGGCCCGGAUGUUGGGAAUUCCAGCCACCAUCUAUGUGCCCACCUCCACGCCAGCGUUCACUGUCAAACGUCUAAAAGAUGAGGGGAGCGACGUGUGCGUUGUGGGAGAGAUGCUGUUGGAGACCACGAAAGCAGCCAAGGAGCUGGUUAAGAACAACCCCGAGUGGGUCUACGUCUCUCCAUAUGACGAUCCUCUCAUCUGGGAAGGGCACAAGUCCCUCGUCCGAGAGAUGAAGGAGCAGAUGGAGUCCAAACCGGGAGUCCUGGCCCUGUCGGUUGGCGGAGGGGGCAUGCUGUGCGGGGUGAUCUGGGGCCUCCGCGAGGUGGGUUGGGAUGACGUGCCCAUCAUUGCCCUCGAAACGGACGGCGCCCAGAGCCUGAACGCCGCCUUGGCCGCCGGGAAGUUGGUGACCCUCCCAAACAUUACCAGCGUUGCCACCACUCUUGGGGCCAAUACCGUGGCAGCAGAGGCUCUCAAGCUGGCUCAGGAGCACCCCGUCUUUUCCGUCGUCAUCACGGAUCAGGAGGCUGUGAUGGCCAUCGAGAGGUUUGUGGACGAUGAGAAGAUCUUGGUAGAGCCGGCCUGUGGGGCCGCCUUGACCGCCAUCUACAGCCAAGUGGUCCAACGGCUGCAAGCGGAAGGCAAGCUGAGCCCCCGGCUGGAGUCCAUCGUGGUGAUCGUGUGUGGUGGCAACAACAUCACCCUGCCACAGCUGCAGCACCUCAAGGAACAACUGGGCAUCUCGAAGGACACCCAGCCAUGCGACCAGGGCUUGAUGGAAGGCCAGAUGGCCGUGGCUGUGUGGGACGUCACUUCUCAAGGCAGCAGCGGGGCGCUCCGGGCUUCGCUCCAAGCGUGUUGGAAGCCGUGCGCUUAUUAAAACCUCAAAGUGCCGCA